CAGCUCCGGCGCCUGCUCCGCCCUGCGCUGGCCCAGCCCCGAAGCCCAGGCGGCGGCGCGGCUUCCGGAGGAGAAGGCGGCGGCCGGACUCGAACCCGCGACCCGCAGGCGGUACCAGCAGUAGCACCAGCAACGCCAUCAUGGACAGCCAGGGCCGCCGAGUGGUGGUCUGUGACAACGGCACCGGGUUUGUUAAAUGCGGCUAUGCUGGGUCCAAUUUUCCCGAGCACAUCUUCCCAGCCCUGGUGGGUCGUCCCAUAAUCCGCUCAUCCACCAAAGUUGGCAACAUUGAGAUCAAGGACCUCAUGGUGGGCGACGAAGCCAGCGAGUUGCGGUCUAUGCUGGAGGUGAACUAUCCCAUGGAGAACGGGAUAGUGCGCAACUGGGACGACAUGAAGUACUUGUGGGACUAUACCUUCGGGCCAGAGAAACUCAACGUUGAGCCCCGCAACUGCAAAAUCCUGCUCACUGAGCCCCCCAUGAACCCUAUCAAGAACCGGGAGAAGAUCAUCGAGGUGAUGUUUGAGACGUACCAGUUCGAAGGCGUCUACAUUGCAAUCCAGGCUGUACUGACCCUGUACGCCCAGGGCCUCCUCACCGGGGUGGUGGUGGACUCAGGGGACGGUGUCACUCACAUCUGCCCAGUGUAUGAGGGCUUCUCGCUGCCCCAUCUCACCCGCCGGCUGGACAUUGCAGGACGUGACAUCACACGCUACCUCAUCAAGCUCCUGCUACUGCGUGGCUAUGCCUUCAACCACUCAGCCGACUUCGAGACGGUGAGGAUGAUGAAGGAGAAGCUGUGCUACGUCGGCUACAACAUUGACCAAGAACAGAAGCUCGCGCAAGAGACCACGGUGCUCGUGGAGUCGUACACGCUGCCGGACGGCCGAGUGAUCAAAGUGGGCGGGGAGCGCUUCGAGGCGCCGGAGGCGUUGUUCCAGCCCCACCUCAUCAACGUGGAGGGCGUGGGGGUGGCUGAGCUCCUCUUCAACACCAUCCAGGCAGCUGACAUUGACACCCGGGCCGAGUUUUACAAACACAUCGUCCUUUCGGGAGGCUCCACCAUGUACCCAGGAUUGCCGUCCCGCCUGGAGCGUGAGAUCAAACAGUUGUACCUGGAACGGGUGCUGAAGGGCGACGUGGAAAAACUAUCGAAAUUCAAAAUUCGCAUUGAGGACCCUCCUCGCCGGAAGCACAUGGUCUUUUUAGGCGGUGCGGUGCUUGCGGACAUCAUGAAAGAUAAAGACAACUUCUGGAUGCGGCGGUCCGAAUACAUGGAGAAGGGGAACAGGAUCUUGGAGAAGUUGGGGGUCACGGUGCGAUAGGCGCCUCCCCAUUUCUCCUCUUGCCUUAACGCAUUCCAAGCCGCUAUUUUUCCUUUCCCAUAUCUUUUAAUUUCUUUCUCUGUUGAGUCACAACAAUGCAGGGCUUUUUUGUUGUUGUUAAGCGUGCUUGGGAGCAGAGAAAGAUCUCUUGAACGAAUUUCCCGUUUUGAAAACGGGCAUUCCAAGCCCCUGCAAUUAUUUUUCCAUGCUUCUCCCUCCAUGCAAGUUGCUAGUCCUUAUGGAGCUUGCAGGAACGACUCCCCUCCUCCCCCCCCCCCGCGAAACUAUCACGUAGGAAAGAUGUUCCUCCCCUAGGGCUAAAGGAAGCGGAGGAUCAACCCGACCCACCUCUUGAAGUUUCAUGCUAUACAUCUCUCCUGUGCAGUUCAGGCUGCCAACUUGCCUCAGGGAAUUUCAUUCAUUCCCACCCGCCCCUACUUUUCAUGUCACAAAAAGGGAAUCAAGUUUAAACCGGGGAUGGGGGAUGCGUGGCCUUCCGGAUGAUGUUGGAUUGCAACUUCCAUGAACUGUAUUGGCUUGGGGAUGAUGGGAGUGAAAAAGAUUUGGAUGACUGCAUUUCUACUUCCCAGCUGAAAUACGCCACGCAUCUUCAAUUAAUAGCUCAGGGAUACUGCAGGGAUACUGGUUGAUCACGCACGUCUUACCUUUUAUCUCUCGUGUCUUUCCAUGCCCUAAAUGUGGCUGAAUGACCUCUUUGGCCCACCACCAAAAUGAGAGAGCAAUAAGAAGAAAACGCCGAAGUUGCAUAUCCUGAGAGUAGGAUUUACUGCCUCCUCUGUGGGUGGCUGGGCUUCACUUCUGAAGAAGAGCCUGACUGCAAAGUAUCAGUCAUGAAGGACUGUCUAAGAGCACUCCUGAGAAGUGGUUCCCCACUGCCCCCAACAAAAAAGAUUAGGGAGAAAGAACCAGUUCCAUGUUCCCCUUCCACCCAUUAAAGGUUUCAGUGCUAGCACCUAAAAACAGA